GAGGAGGAUUCAGCUCAAUCACCAGACUCUGCCAACACUACCCUGAAAGGGGGGGGUCAGUGUCAUCUGCUUCCACCAGGUGAGAAAAUGUGGUCAUCUUAGCAGGUGUGGUUUUGAGAUUCAUCUCAUUAAUGACUAUGUCCACUGAAAAAUAUUGCACAACCUAAAACUUGAGAAUUAUGUUUUAUUUGGUGGGACAAAACUGAGGACUUAAACCCAGGAUGCAGCCUCUCAGAGAGCUCAGAGAAAGUGCUCCAAAGAUGUAAGAGAAGAGCCAAGAUAUACAGGAGCUUUUGCAACAAAGAUCGGGUAUUGGAACUUCAAAAGAUUACUGUUGAUUACAGAAAACCAGAGAGAUAUCUGAGAGUCGCAUAUGUUUCAGGAUUUGUGGUUACUAUGUUUACAAUACGUUAAACAAGUGACUCCGUUCAGUCUAUGCAGAGAUCAAUCAGCUCAGGUGAAAGUGAAUGUGCCUGGGCGGAGCAGGUGGAGGCAGGCGGCAAACCAGCUGGGGAGGCAGUUGCGGGGCUGCAGGACUGCAGUGGGGCCAUGACAGAAUCACCCCUGAAAGUGUGCAUCGUGGGCUCGGGGAACUGGGGUUCAGCUGUUGCAAAAAUAAUUGGUAAUAAUGUCAUGAAACUUCAGAAAUUUGCCUCCACGGUCAAGAUGUGGGUCUUUGAAGAAAUGGUUAAUGGGAGAAAACUGAUAGACAUCAUAAAUAAUGACCAUGAAAAUGUAAAAUAUCUCCCUGGACACAAGCUGCCGGACAAUGUGAUUGCAGUCCCCAAUCUCAGUGAGGUUGUGUGGGACGCAGACCUGCUGGUGUUCGUGAUCCCCCACCAGUUCAUCAACAGCAUCUGCGACGAGAUCUCUGGGAAAGUGCCCAAGGGCGCGCUGGGCAUCAGCCUCAUCAAGGGGAUCGAUGAGGGUCCCCAGGGGCUGAAGCUCAUUUCUGACAUCAUCCGAGAGAAGAUGGACAUUGACGUCAGUGUGCUGAUGGGCGCCAACACUGCCAAUGAGGUUGCUGCCGAGAAGUUCUGUGAGACCACCAUCGGCAGCAAGGUCAUGGAAAAUGGCCUCCUCUUCAAAGAACUUCUGCAGACUCCAAAUUUUCGAAUUAAGGUGGUUGCUGAGGCAGACGCUGUUGAACUGUGUGGCGCUCUGAAGAACAUUGUGGCCGUGGGAGCCGGGUUCUGCGAUGGCCUCCACAGCGGCGACAACACCAAAGCUGCCGUCAUCCGCUUGGGGCUCAUGGAAAUGAUCGCCUUCGCCAGGAUCUUCUGCAAGGGUCGCGUGUCCAAAGCCACCUUCCUGGAGAGUUGCGGCGUGGCCGACCUGAUCACUACCUGCUACGCGGGCCGGAACCGCAAGGUAGCUGAGGCCUUUGCGGGGACCGGAAAAACCAUCGAAGAACUGGAGAAGGAGAUGCUGAACGGGCAGAAGCUGCAAGGACCACAGACUUCCGCCGAGGUGUAUGGCAUCCUCAAACCGAAGGGACUGCUGCACAAGUUUCCAUUGUUCACGGCAGUGUACCAGAUCUGCUACGAAGGCAGGCCUGUUGAAGAGAUGUUGUCUUGUCUCCAGAAUCAUCCGGAGUAUACAUAAAGGGAAUCAUGCAGCAUGUUAGGGAAAGUCCUGCCUUUCUGAUUGCUUGUCUGAAUUCAAAUGGAAACCGGGGCUUGGCCAGGAGAUGCUUGUGUGACCGUAAUCCCAUCACAGGUGCUGUGAAUUUUUACAGGUUCAUUUGUUAACAUAUAUGAGUGUGUGAGUGUGUGUUCCUUCCUUGUUCUGUGGAUGUUUCUAUGAACCAAAAUUAAAGACCCUUUUUAAAAAUUA